GCGGGAUGGAGGUGCAAAAGGCCAGAAAGGAGGCCAGGGUGAAAAGGGGUCUGAAGGCCCACAAGGACUAAAGGGAGAUACUGGAUUGUCUGGGCUGACAGGGACUCCAGGACCUGAGGGAAAACAGGGUCCACCUGGCCUCAUUGGACUUCCUGGUCUUCUUGGAGAACCGGGCUCUCCCGGUAAGCCAGGAACACCUGGAAAAGAUGGAAUAAAAGGAGAGAAGGGUGAUGCAGGCGGAGCUCCAGGGCCAAAAGGUACUCCAGGUCCCAAGGGCGAGCCCGGUGAGCCCUGCAAUGCUGGACCCUGCAAUGCGGAGGAGGUCGUGUCUAGCCCACGUGGGUCACGAGGCCCUAAGGGUGAGCGAGGUGUACCUGGAGUACCUGGAGACGCAGGAGAGAAAGGGGAAACUGGUGUUGGAAUCACUGGACCCCCUGGUCUGAUGGGACCAAAAGGGGAUCCAGGGAUUCAGGGUCCCCGUGGACCCCCAGGACUAGCCGGAUUGACAGGCAUUAUGGGACCUCCAGGCCCACAAGGCAAACCAGGACUCCCUGGACCCCCUGGAGAACCGACAGCGCUACCUAUUGUUGGAGACAUGGCCGCAUUACUGAAGAAUGCCUGCAAUGUGUGUCAAACGAGAGUACCUGGUCUGACUGGGAAGAAAGGAGAGAAAGGAUCCCUUGGAGCUUCAGGUUUCCCGGGAAUGGAUGGAGAAAAGGGGGAUCAGGGUCUGCGGGGCCCAGUUGGUAAUCCGGGGAAAGAAGGUCCAAAGGGAGUGAAGGGUGAAAGAGGGUUUCCUGGACAAAUGGGGGACAAGGGUGAUGAGGGGGCCCAUGGUGUGCCAGGAGUACCUGGAGCCACAGGCCGUAUAGGUGCACCGGGCCUUAUAGGCAGACCAGGACCUGUUGGACCCCCAGGAACAAAGGGAGAUCGGGGCAGCGAGGGACCGACAGGUAGACCCGGACCACCUGGACCUCCUGAGGGCAAUGGAAUGAGCAGUCUCUUUAAGCUUCAGAAUGGAGGGACUAAUGCAGGUCAACCUGGGCCAUCUGGGCCACCUGGACCGUCGGGCCCCAAAGGAGAUGAAGGAAAGAGGGGUGAGCCGGGACUGAUGGGAUUACCAGGACUAGAGGGGCUGCCAGGUGCUAAGGGGGAUCCUGGCCUUCCUGGUCCACCUGGAAUCGCUGGACCCAUUGGAAAGCCUAGUCCGCGUGGUGAGCCAGGGAUCCCUGGAGAGCCGGGAGAGCGGGGACCUCUGGGAGAGACUGGCUUCCCUGGACCUGAAGGGCCUCCUGGGGCCCCUGGAAGGCCAGGGAAAGAUGGAAUUCCGGGCUAUGAGGGAGCCACAGGCAGACCUGGGGACAGAGGUACCAAAGGAGAACGAGGAGAUCUGGGGAUUACAGGAGAAAGAGGAGUCCAGGGAGAGAGAGGGAGACCUGGAGAUAAAGGGCCUGUUGGUCCACAGGGAUCCCCCGGAGAGAAAGGAGAACCAGGACCACCUGGGUCUUUAACGUCACCAGGGACAGUGAAUCUGUUGAGUGAUACAGCUGCCUUGGAGGAAAUUAAAACAUUCAUUCGAAAUGAAGUAUUGCGUGUGUUUGAAGAGAGGUUUUCAGAGAGUUACACUUUGAUGCAGAAAACACCAGCAGCUAUAUUAGCAGCACAGGGUCGACAAGGCCCUCCGGGGCCACCAGGCAAUGUUGGCUCCUCAGGACCCCCUGGAGUGCCAGGUCCUCCUGGCCCCCAAGGGUAUCGAGGGCAGAAAGGGGAACGGGGUCAAAUGGGACUGGGCAUACCAGGAGCACUAGGCCCCACUGGCCCACCAGGUUUACCUGGAAUAGGCAUCCAAGGGCCCUCAGGUCCCUUAGGGCCACAAGGUCCACAGGGCAGAUGUAACCCCAGUGACUGCCUCCACCCUUACCCUCAUGGCAGACGGGAUGGGUAGGAUCUCUGACACUUUCUGAUUUAACCUGACAAGAUCCUGGAAACUAAUCAAAGUCACAUGCACAAACUUUGGACUCAGCAUAAAAUACUAUUAAAAGCAAGUGUGGUCAUUCUGAUAGAAGAGAUACAUCCAGCUUUGAUUUGUUUUUUUUUUUUCAAUCUUCUUCCAUUAUGUGUGUGGACGUUUUCAGUCCCUCCUGAUAUGCAGAUU